AUGACUGGACACACACAAAGUCUCUUAGCAUUGGCUAACAUUCAUGCUAUAGGCGGCAAGGGCGGCAAGGGCCUCGGCAAGGGCGGUGCCAAGCGUCACCGUAAGAUUCUUCGUGACAACAUCCAGGGUAUUACCAAGCCCGCCAUCCGACGUCUCGCUCGUCGUGGUGGUGUCAAGCGUAUCUCUGCCAUGAUCUACGAGGAGACCCGUGGUGUCCUCAAGUCCUUCCUCGAGGGUGUCAUCCGUGAUGCCGUCACAUACACCGAGCACGCCAAGCGAAAGACCGUCACAUCACUAGACGUUGUCUACGCCCUGAAACGACAGGGCCGCACCCUGUACGGUUUCGGUGGCUAA